CCUGCAUCAGGUAGCCAGUAGUUUUAGUCCUCUUUGUCAUGAUGAAUGUUAGAUGGGACACUGGGUAUUGCGGGAGCUGCGGAUGGUAGAGGAACGCCCUUUUGGUACUUAAGCAGUCGCUUUGUGCAACCUUUUGGGUGUGCUUAUUGCUGCAAACCUUGUGUGUCUAUACCGUCACCAUAGAUUUGUCCUGUGUGUCAAUGUACAUCCCUCAAUAACACUUACUUACAGCAUUCAUCUGGCCGUUGGCGUCCGUUCAAGAUGGAGUUCCUCUUAGCCCUAGCAAAGUCGCUCCUGACCUCACCGUUGCUUCUCCUAGCUUCUGUAUUCGGCUCCUUGUUCCUCUACAUUUCUCUUGUCAUCAUCUACCGCCUAACCUUCCACCCUCUCGCAAAGUACCCUGGGCCCUUCCUCGCCAAAAUUACCGACAUAUACCUCGCCUACUAUGCCUACAAAGGCUCUCGACAUCUCGCCUUCCACCGCGGACAUGUCCAAUACGGGCCAUACGUACGUCUCGGGCCGAAUCUUCUCUCCGUCAACACUGCCACGGGUUUGAAAACAAUUUAUGGCUUCAAGUCGAAUGUGCGGAAAGCGAGUUUCUACGAGGCGUUUCCCAGCACGCCGAAGGCCGUCAGCGUGCAUAGCGCAAUCGACAAGAUGCAGCAUGCGCGUAAAAGGAGGGUCAUAAGUCAUGCUUUUAGUGAUGCGGCAAUUAAGGCUUUGGAGAAGUAUAUCCUAGCGAAUGUACGUGUUGGGUGUGAGAUGCUGGGUAAGAAAACAGGUAGCGAUGUCCCAGAGAAACAAGCUGCCGAUGACGACUGGAAUAAUCAGUGGAAUGCAGCGCAUUGGUGUGAGUGGCUGGUCUUCGAUAUCAUGGGGGAUUUGGUGUUUGGCAAAGCGUUUGGCAUGUUGGAGAGUCCGGCGAACAGAUUUGCGACACAGUUGGUCGGGAAUGCUGCCCAUCGCCAUUUAAUCUGCGGCACCCAUCUCACGAUCCAUAACUGGCAUCUAGACAAGCUCUUUUUUCGCAAGAUCGCAGGCCAGCGAGCGCAGUACAUGCAGUAUAGUAAAGGGCAAGCCAUGGAGCGGACCAAACUCGGGGUCGAUGUCGAUCGGAAGGACUUCUUCUACUACCUUUUGAACGCGAAAGACCCGGAAACAGGCAAAGGCUUCAGCAUGGACGAGCUAUGGGGAGAGUCAAAUUUGCUAAUUAUCGCUGGCUCUGACACCACAUCUACGGCGAUGUCAGGUACCUUUUUCUACCUCGCGCACAACGCUACGGCAUUGCACAAGGUCUGCAAGGAGAUUCGCGAGGCGUUCACUGAUGUCGAGGAGAUCGUGACUGGACCAAGGCUGAGCGGAUGCUCGUUCCUGCGUGCCUGUAUCGACGAGACGAUGCGCAUGACGCCACCUGUUGCCGGUGCACUUCCUCGUCAAGUGCUCCCGGGUGGCAUGGACAUCGAUGGACGUCACAUCCCAGCAGGCGUCGACGUUGGCGUCCCCAUCUACGCUAUCCACCACAAUCCAGACUAUUUCCCUCGCCCCUUCGACUAUCUCCCGGAGCGCUGGUUAUCCGACGCGACUGCCAAUCCGCUCCGCGACAGACUUGCUGACGCACAAUCGGCAUUCAACCCAUUUAGCAUUGGACCUCGAGGCUGUAUCGGAAAGGGUCUUGCCUACGUAGAGUUGACGAUGACGAUUGCACGAGUGCUGUUCCUGUAUGACCUGAGGCUGGCACCGGGUACAACCCUAGGGGCAGGGGGCAAGGACUUGGAGGCCGGCAGGACGAGAGAGACAGAAUACCAGAUCAAAGACGUGUUUGCGAGUAAAAAGGAUGGCCCGAUCUUGCAAUUCCGGGCUAGAGCGUAGAUGUAAUCGAAGAAUGAAUGCAAGAAAUGUCACAUUGUUUACUAGUCGAGUGCUCAAGGAUAUGAGGUACUUGCGACAGCGCAUUCCGCUAUGAAUCUUAUCGCAUUGACGCAUGUCGUCCUAAAGACGGUGUAGUGAUUGACUGAAGCCUCCUAGUAGCAUAGUCCAGGGCACGCGUUCAGGGCGCGAUUUCUUGAAACAAGCGUGCGCAGCAAGCAAUAGAGGCAUAUGGGCGGGCAUGGCGGGCAUGGCGGGCAUACGAAGGAAAGAUCGGAUGCACAUGAAUAACUAGUGUCGUCU